UAAGCGUGCUCAACAAGCUCUCUCCUGCAUUGCAAUAUUAAUAUUUUUGAUUUUCCAAUAUUUUAUUUGUUUAUUUGAUGGCUUUUCCUAUUCUUGGAGCUCAACAAGAAACCAAUCGAAAAAUUCUGGAAGAUUUACAAAUUAAACGACAACUCUUACAAAAAGGUGCUGAUAUUACUCUGGGAACCGGUGGCCUCAACAAUCUCAAUACACCCAUUGCCCAGAUGCCAACAUCACAGAUACUGGGCCAGCCAACGGAGUUUCAAUCCAGCGGCGCUAUAACUGUUCCACGAACAGUUUUCAAUCCCACGAGUUCGACAACGUUGGGUUAUUUUGUCAGUCAAGACUCGCAUUACGGUAAUUCGUUUAUACCGGUAUUGCCUCGCUUGGAUCCGUUACCGCCGAAUCAUACUGCUAAAUAGGGUUAA